UCCAAAUUUCCAUUAGCCUGUAGAGAACUGGUUUUGCCUGUCUCUUUCGCUCUUUCUCUCCUUCGUUACCUUAUAUUAUCCCCACUUUUAUAGCCACACACCCUCUUCUCUCAUUUCCUUUUCACUCACUCUUUCUCCCUCUCUCUCAACUCAACGUAACCCAAGUGUUUGAAUUCUAUUCAUGUUGUCUCUUUGAGAGAGGUAAGAAAGUUUCUUUUUUGUGUAGAACUAUCAGUUUUUGGAUUUGAAAUUUUGUUUUUUCAAUCAGAUUCUUUGUUGGGUACUUCUAAUACUGCUGUUUUUGCUGAAUUUGGUUCUUGUAUCCCCUGAAUUUUGCUUCUGUUGAUAAUUUUUCCCCCAUAUACUUGACUGUAUACUUGUGGAAUUGUAGACAAAGAAAAUGAGUUUAUCAUAGAAUUCAUUAGUUUUACUGGAAGCAUGCAAGGAACAAUGGCUUCCAUGGCUUCCCUGGUCAGUUUAGGAAGUGUUAUGAUAGUGGGUUCGUCUGAAAGGUCCCGUUCAUUUGUUAGGAGAGUUUCUUUGUCUAGAAGAAAUUUUAGAGGUAACAAAGGAUGGCAUUGUGUGUCAGUUUCUGUCUGUAAAUAUUCAGUCACAGCGACAGAUUUAAUUGCUGAGCAAGGCAAUGCUGUUUCCCUUGAUUCUAACACCUAUAAAGGAAGUAGUAGUACUGAUGGCCAAGCUGACUUUGUACUCAAGCCUUCCCCGAAGCCGGUAUUGAAGUCCUCGGGGUCCAAUGUAGAAACCCUUUUGGGUGGGAACUCAACAGAUUGGGACCCUUCAAGAAAUAGUCGGGGCUCUAAUGAUGAAGGGCUAGGUAGUGAGCAAGAAAGAAGUAAGGUGAUUGAGUCGCUUGGAGAGGUUUUGGAGAAGGCGGAAAAGCUUGAAACUUCAACAUCAGGCGAAUUGGGUAAUAACACAGGUAGUGGGUCUGUAAAUAAACCAGCACUCUCUAAUACAAGUAAUGUCUCUAGAAAUGCUGAACCACCUGUGAACUCGAUGGCGAAUAGGAGAACUAAAACAAUGAAGAGUGUGUGGAGGAAAGGUGAUUCUGUUGCAUCUGUUAAAAAAGUUGUAAAGGAAUCACCUAAACUCGAUGGGAAGGUUGAUAGAGAAGAUCCUAAAUCUGGGAGAGGAGUGAAGGUAGAGUCUCAAACCCCUGUUGCUCCUUUAAGGCCGCAGCCACCCUUGAGACCACAACCGAAAUUACAAACAAAACCUUCUGUAGCGCCAAAUCCAACAAUCAAGAAACCUGUUAUAUUGAAGGAUGUGGGGGCUGUUAAAAGUUCUCAAACAACAAAUGACACUGAUUCAACUAUGAAAACGAAAGAACGGAAGCCGAUUUUGAUUGACAAAUUUGCAAGCAAGAAACCAGUGGUUGAUCCUGUAAUUGCUCAAGCAGUUUUAGCUCCUACAAAACCAGUAAAGAGUCCUCCCCCAGGAAAAUUCAAAGAUGAUUAUCGGAAGAAAAAUGCUGCUGGAGGCUCACGGAGGCGAAUGAAAGCUGACAAUGAUGUUGAUAUUGAUGAUUCAUCAGAACUCAAUGUUUCCAUUCCUGGAGCAGCCAGGAAAGGUAGGAAAUGGAGUAAAGCGAGCAGGAAAGCAGCUCGACUCCAGGCUGCCAGAGAUGCCGCUCCUGUCAAAGUAGAAAUCCUAGAGGUUGUUGAAAAAGGUAUGUCAGUUGAGGAGUUGGCUUACGAUCUGGCCAUCAGUGAAGGUGAAAUUCUUGGGUAUUUGUACUCAAAGGGAAUUAAGCCUGAUGGCGUUCAAACUCUGGACAGAGAUAUUGUUAAAAUGGUUUGCAAAGAGUAUGGCGUGGAAGUCAUAGAUGCUGAUCCUGUAAAAGUGGAAGAAAUGGCAAAAAAGAAGGCAUUUUUUGAUGAAAAAGACUUGGACAAACUAGAAGAGAGGCCUCCAGUCUUAACUAUUAUGGGACACGUGGAUCAUGGCAAAACGACCCUUUUAGACUGCAUCCGAAAAAGCAAGGUAGCUUCCUCAGAAGCAGGUGGAAUUACGCAAGGAAUUGGAGCAUAUAAAGUCCUUGUACCUGUUGAUGGCAAGUUGCAACCAUGCGUUUUCCUUGAUACUCCUGGGCAUGAGGCUUUCGGAGCGAUGAGAGCUCGUGGUGCAAGGGUGACAGACAUCGCUAUCAUUGUUGUGGCCGCAGAUGAUGGAAUUCGCCCUCAGACAACUGAGGCAAUAGCUCAUGCCAGAGCUGCUGGAGUACCAAUAGUGAUAGCUAUAAACAAGAUAGAUAGAGAUGGAGCUAAUCCAGAACGAGUGAUGCAAGAGCUUUCUUCAAUUGGUCUAAUGCCAGAAGAUUGGGGUGGUGACAUCCCGAUGGUCCAGAUAAGUGCUCUUAAAGGCAAUAAUGUCGACGAGCUGUUGGAAACUGUUAUGCUUGUUGCAGAGUUGCAAGAGUUAAAGGCUAAUCCCCAUAGAACUGCAAAGGGCACCGUCAUUGAAGCAGGUCUUGAUAAAUCAAAAGGACCGCUAGCUACAGUUAUUGUGCAAAAUGGAACUCUCAAAAGGGGAGACGUUGUAGUUUGUGGAGAAGCCUUCGGAAAGGUGCGGGCUUUAUUUGAUGAUGAUGGAAAGCGUGUUGAUGAGGCUGGACCCUCCAUACCUGUUCAGGUAAUUGGAUUGAAUACCGUCCCAAUUUCUGGUGAUGUAUUUGAGGUUGUUGAAUCCCUGGAUAUUGCAAGAGAAAAGGCAGAGUCUUCUGCUGUGUCAUUGCGGGACCAACGUAUAUCAGCUAAGGCCGGAGAUGGGAAAAUUACUCUUUCAUCUUUAGCUUCAGCUGUGGCUGCAGGAAAAGUGUCUGGGAUAGAUUUGCACCAGCUAAAUAUUGUCAUGAAGGUUGAUGUUCAGGGAUCAAUUGAGGCUGUAAAACAAGCCCUGCAAACUCUACCGCAAGAUAACGUCACCUUGAAGUUUCUCUUAGAAGCAACGGGUAAUGUAAGUAACAGCGAUGUUGAUCUUGCAGUUGCCAGCGAUGCCAUUAUCUUGGGUUUUAAUGUCAAAGUACCAGCUUCUGUGAAAAGUUUGGCAGAGAACAAAGGAGUUGAAAUUCGGCUGUAUAGAGUUAUCUAUGAACUUAUUGACGAUAUGCGAAAUGCAAUGGAAGGACUCUUGGAUCCUGUUGAGGAACAAGUACCAAUUGGCUCAGCUGAAGUCCGGGCAGUAUUCAGCAGUGGCAGUGGUCGUGUAGCUGGAUGCAUGGUAAAUGAUGGUAAAGUUGUUACAGGCUGCGGCAUCCGUGUCCUCCGAAGGGGUAAGGAAGUUUUUGUUGGCCUUCUUGAUUCGUUGAGGCGUGUUAAGGAGAUUGUGAAAGAGGUAAAUGCUGGACUUGAGUGUGGAAUUGGUAUGGAGGACUUUGAUGAUUGGGAGGAGGGAGACACUAUUGAAGCCUUCAACACAGUUGAAAAGAGGCGUACCCUUGAAGAGGCAUCCACUUCAAUAUCGGAAGCAUUGGAAGGAAUGAAAUAUUAGAAGGCAUGCGAUUCUAAAUUUGGCUGCUGUUCUUUUCUUGAGGAAUAUCAAUUUUUGAUUAUCGUCGACAGAUAGACAUAGUAGCAGCGCUCUCCAAUCAGUGAUCCGACACUGCUUUGCAGCUAUGUAUCGGCAAGCUCCCAUCGUGCACAAUUUAUUUGGAGUGGGGGGUGCCAUGGCUCUGUCUUGGCAUGAAAUUACUUUUCUUGUAAUCUAUACACUGUAUAUAAUUAUGAAUUUUGUAAUUUCAGUUUCUUUUGUAAAAGAGAGAAGAACAACAUUCAUUUAGUUAUUGUUUCAAUGUGAGGAUCUCUUUUGCCUUGAAGCAAGCCCAAAAAAGUGUAUCAUAUGCCACAAAACUUGAUAUGGAAUUACCAAAAAAAAAAGAAGCUGGAUUCCUCA